AUGGUAUAUGCAUACGCGCGUAAAUAUACGCCCGUAUUUUCAGCUAAAAAUCUCUCUUACGAUACGGUGCGUAAGCGUAUACGCUGCAGGCGUAUCCGUAAAUUACGCUACGGUUCUCUGCAUAUUCGAUUUGAACAGCAUGGACGGACUGCUGAUCUUGAUGAAGCCAUCGAAAUUCUGCAUGGUGUCUUGGAACUUCGUUGCAACAGUGACCCCUAUUUAUUUAAUAGCCUUGGCACUUGUCUUGAAACUCGCUUUGAUCGUCGUGGUCAGACUGCUGACCUUGACAAAGCCAUUGAUUAUUUUCGUGCUGCCCUGAAUAUUUUAGCCAACAACCAUCCAGACCGUUCCGUACACUUGCAUAACCUUGCACAGUCACUGGCAACUCGAUACGACCACCAUAGUCAGACAGCAGACCUUGAUGAGGCCAUCAAAAAUCAUCAAGCUGCUCUAGACCUUCGCCCGAAUUGUCAUCCUUAUCGUUCCGUGUCUCUGGUUGCAGACCUUGAGAAGGCAAUCAAGCAUGCUCGUGCUGCUCUUCUACUACUACCGGACAGCCAUCCUCAACGUUGUACGUCUCUUAUGACCCUUGGCAUUUCCCUUGCAAUUCGAUUUGAACGAAGGCUUGGGCCUGCUGCAGAACUGGGUGAGGCCAUCAAGCAUCUUCGUGCUGCUCUACACCUUUUUCCAGAUGACCAUCCCGACCGUAGCAUCCCACUGAGCAAUCUCGCAUAUUCCCUUCGAAUUCAAUUUAUACAGUACGGAAAGGCAGCAGAUAUUGAUGAGGCUAUUGAGCUUCAUUGUGCUUCCCUACAACAGUUCCCAGAAGGCCAUCACAAUCGUUCUGGGUCCCUGGGUAACCUCGCCUGUUCCCUAUUAUCUCGAUUCAUGAAAUUGGGAAUCAUUGAUGACUUUGAAGAGUGCAUGCAUUUAUUGGAACGUGCUACUGAAUACGAAUUUUCGAGUUUGGUGAAGCGUCUUGAAAACGCUGGUGUUUGGGCCUGCCUUGCUCUGCAGCAUGCUCAUUACUCCACUUCCAAGGCUUACAAGGUGGUGACGUCGCUCCUCCAGCGUGCCCUCAUUAUCAGCCCUACUCUUCAUGCCCAACACGACUUCCUCAAAUGGAAUAGCAACUACAAGGCAAUUGUAUUAGAUGCUGUGGCAUAUGCAGUGCAUGAGAACAAGCUUGAAGAGGCUGUAGAGCUAGUUGAACAAGGAAGGGGUCUACUCUGGUCACAGAUGCGCGGUUUUAGGACACCAAUGGAGUACCUUGCAGAAAAGAACAAGGCGUUUGCUGACAGAUUCACGGAAACUAAUCAACAGCUGGAGAAUCUUGCAAUGUCGAGCAAUGUGUUUCAGUCUAAUUCCAGUGCAACUGGUAGUGUAUUAUCAGCACUGAAUGUGCGUGAUGAACAAAAAUUGUUCGAUGAAAGCUUGAAGCUGAAGAGGCAACUUUCCAACGAGAAGGAGGAGCUUGUCAAGGAGAUUCGACAAAUUCCUGGCUUCGAGGACUUUCUUACAACUACUCCUUUUAACAUACUCCAGCAGGCGGCUUCAGAGGGUCCGAUUAUCGUGGUUUACGUCUGCGGAUAUCGAUCCGAUGCACUCAUUGUCCUUUCCAACAAAGACACGCCAGUUGUCUGUGUCCAAUUAGACGGGCAGCUGACGCAGCUCUACAAGGAUAGCUUCGAGUUAUUGGUCGAACUUUGGAACACACGAGUGGAUUCCAAAGUUUGCUCGCCAGAAUAUGAUGCCGUACUCCGUCGAGUAAUGAAGACGUUAUGGGAUAGAGUCGUGUCCAAAGUCGUCACCAAACUUGACGAGCUGGGGAUUCCCAAAGGAUCGCGAAUUUGGUGGUGCCCUACCUCUGUACUUUCUGCAUUUCCUUUCCAUGCAGCAGGCCCGUUUGAGGAUCCGAAUGGCACCACGAAGUAUUUCUUGGAUGAUUACGUGCCGUCAUAUACCCCAACACUCGGAGCUCUCAUCAAUGCCCGUUCGAGGGAACCAGAGAACAUAGGCAAUCCUGCAAUGCUCGUCAUUGGCGACACCGUCACCCUUACAUCGACUGGAACUGAAAUUCGUGAAAUCCGGAACAAUACUGGGGGUUUCGUUUCGUCCCACACAGAGCUUCUCAACGAGAGGGCGACUCGAGACAGAGUGCUGAAACGAUUGCAGAAAGUCACGUGGGUUCAUUUUGCUUGCCACGGGCAUCUGGGCUCAGGAUCACUGGACUCUUCUUUCAAGCUAUCUGACGGAGGAUUGACAUUGCUUGACAUCUUGCGUGCUAACAUUCCGAACGCCGAGUUUGCAUUUCUCUCUGCUUGUCACACUGCCGAGCAGGAUCCACGGGCUUUACACGAUGAAGUGCUCCACCUAGCAGCUGCAGUACAGUUCUGUGGGUUUCGAAGCGUAAUUGGGACAAUGUGGGAACUGUACGAUCCAGACGGCCCUCUACUUGCUAGGGAGAUUUAUUCGUACAUGAUGCAAUACAAAGACGGUGAAGUGAUACAUAAGCGGUCUGCAGCUGCACUGCGCGAAGCUGUCUUAGAGUUGAGAGGGCAGAAGGGUGUCGAGACGGAGCAAUGGGUUAAUCUAGUGCACAUUGGUGCUUGA